AAUAUUCAAAGAAAUUAAUGAAUAAAGUGUAUAAACAUAUGCAAAUCCCGUGUGCAAUAACAAAUUGCUAAUUCAAUCGCAUUCAAGAGGAAACAGAACAGUCGAUUGCGUUUUGUAGCAAUUGAAAAAUAGUUAAUUGAAAUUAAUGUAAACUGCAACUAAUGUUAAACAUAUCCAAAGGUUUAAUACAAAAUCGGCAAAAUUAAUUUCCGUCGCAUAAAAAUCUUCACGUCAAAACUGGAUUAUAACAAAUCCGUUGAUAUUGGCACGCAGCAGGAAAACAAUUCGGGGGUAAACAACAAAAUGGUCAAACGCACCGACGGCACAGAAUCUCCCAUACUGGCUGAAGACGGUGGCGAUGGGCAUGAUAAGCCGCGGAUGCGCUAUGGUGAACUUGUUAUACUUGGCUACAAUGGGUACUUGCCACAGGGCGAUCGCGGUCGACGACGUUCCAAAUUUGUGCUGCACAAACGCACGGAGCCGAGCGGCGUAAAACGCUCCAAACACUACAUCGUACAAUCGCCACAGACUUCGAAGGCCAUUUUGGAUGCCAACCAACACUCGAUAUCGUAUACCCUGUCGCGCAAUCAGGCGGUCAUUGUGGAGUAUAAGGAGGACACGGAAACCGAUAUGUUUCAGGUCGGUCGCUCCUCAGAGUCACCCAUUGAUUUCGUGGUAAUGGACACCCUGCCCGGCGAUAAGAAAGAUGCAAAAGUUAUGCAAAGUACAAUUUCACGUUUCGCCUGUCGCAUUUUGGUCAACCGAUGUGAUUCCGCGAAGGCGAGAAUAUUUGCUGCCGGUUUCGAUUCGAGCAGAAACAUAUUUUUGGGCGAAAAGGCCACCAAAUGGCAGGACAAUGUGGAAAUUGACGGCCUAACCACAAAUGGCGUGUUGAUUAUGCAUCCAAAGGGCUCGUUCUGUGGCGGCAAUGCCAAAUGCGGUCUCUGGCGUGAAUGCUCCGUGGGCGGUGAUGUGUUCAGUUUGCGCGAAUCGCGUUCAGCACAGCAAAAGGGCCAGCCGAUCUACGACGAGUCCAACAUCUUGCAAGACGGCACACUCAUUGAUCUCUGCGGUGCAACGCUGCUCUGGCGUUCAGCCGAGGGCUUACAACAUUCACCGACUAAACACGAUUUGGAGAAGCUUAUCGAUGCCAUUAACGCUGGUCGUCCACAGUGCCCGGUGGGCCUCAAUACGCUGGUCAUACCGCGUAAAGUAAAUAUCGGAGAUCAAGUGAAUCAGCCUUAUGUGUACUUAAACUGCGGCCAUGUGCAAGGUCAUCAUGACUGGGGUCAGGAUGAGAACACUGGCGCUCGCCGUUGUCCCAUGUGCCUAGAGCUUGGCCCCGUUGUGACGCUGUGCAUGGGUCUGGAACCGGCCUUCUAUGUGGAUGUGGGCGCUCCGACGUUUGCAUUUAAUCCGUGUGGACACAUGGCGACUGAGAAAACUGUCAAAUACUGGGCUAAUGUUGAGAUUCCGCACGGUACCAACGGCUUUCAGGCUGUUUGUCCAUUCUGUGCGACGCCGUUGGAUGGCGCGACUGGCUAUAUUAAAUUAAUUUUCCAGGAUAAUUUAGAUUAAAUAUGAUAUAUAAAGAUACACACAUACAAAUACAAAACACAUACACAUACAUACGUGCGAUUACGUGCAUAUAGUUGUAGUAAUUGGAUCGAUCGAAGCUGAGAAGCUGGCAGGAGCUGAGAAGCAGGCAUUAAUACAACUAGGCUUUAUUUAUUAUCAUUAAUUAUGUAUGCACGUAAUUUUAUAUAUACAUAUGUAUGUAUGUACGUAUGUAAUUGCAAAGUUUGCGCUGCAUUCUAAACCGAUUACGGAUUACAGAUUAUAUAAGCAUAUUAUUAUUUAAGCCCAAUUAUUUACAACAAAAGCAAACGAUAAUCCACAAGUAAAUGUACUUCACUUAUUGAUUGAUUGAUAAAUGAAUGCAACAUAUAUGCCACAAAAAGAAAAGAAACAGCCGAUGCAGCCGGAUGUUAUAGUUUAUUCCCCCUAUAUAGUCUGUUGUAUAAAUUAUUUCAAGCAAACGAAAUGAAUUUGAAAAGCGCCACGUAAAUCGCAAAUGCUAUAUGUAGGAGUUACGAAGCAAGUAAAAGCAACAAAAAAUGUGUAAAAAUUAUGUAAAAACAAAAGCAAAACAAACAUACAUAAGAUUAAACCGUAAUUAUAAAGUUUCAUUAUUAUAUCAAUGCA